GAGGACUCGAACUGGAGCCAGAAAAUACUAGGAAGCUGAUUUUCAAAGCUAAUUAUGAAAACAUUUAUCAUUGGAAUCAGUGGUGUAACAAACGGUGGGAAAACAACACUGGCUAAGAAUUUGCAGAAACAUCUCCCAAAUUGCAGUAUCAUAUGUCAGGAUGAUUUCUUCAAGCCAGAGUCUGAGAUAGAGACAGAUAAAAAUGGAUUUUUGCAGUAUGAUGUGCUUGAAGCACUUAACAUGGAAAAAAUGAUGUCAGCCAUUUCCUCCUGGAAGGAAAACGCAAGAUGCUCUGUGGUAUCAACAGACUGGGAAAGUGCUGAGGAAAUUGCCAUUUUGAUCAUCGAAGGUUUUCUUCUUUUUAAUUAUAAGCCUCUUGACACUAUGUGGAAUAGAAGCUAUUUCCUGACUGUUCCAUAUGAAGAAUGUAAAAGGCGGAGGAGUACAAGGGUCUAUGAGCCUCCAGACUCUCCAGGAUACUUUGAUGGCCAUGUGUGGCCCAUGUAUCUAAAGCACAGACAAGAAAUGCAGGAUAUCACCUGGGAAGUUGUUUACUUAGAUGGAACAAAAUCUAAAGAGGACCUCUUUCUGCAAGUAUAUGAAGAUCUCAUACAACAACUAGCAAAGCAAAAGUGCUGGAUUACAAUGGUGCAGUCUUGGCUCACUGGAACCUCCACCUUCCUGGUUCAAGCGAUUCUCCUGCCUCAGCCUCCUGAGUAGCUGGGAUUACAAGUGCCUGCCUUCAUGCCCAGCUAAUUUUUGGAUUUUUAGUAGAAAUGGGGUUUUACCAUGUUGGCCAAACUCAUCUGGAACUCCUGACCUCGUGAUCCACCUGCCUCGGUCUUCCGAAGUGCUGAGAUUACAGGUGUGAGCCACCACACCCAGCCAGGACCAUUUUAAAUUUUCUUCUUGCAUGUUGAAUUUAGAAUCCUUGCCAGAUAUGCUCGCCCACCCCUGCCAUCUUUUACUUUGAUGAAAGUCAAGCCUCCCAUAAUGAACCUCAGAGCAGCAACAUGAGUAGAUAUAGAGGAUGUGGGAUGAAGGGAGGGGCUCAGCCUUUAUAAAUGAUAGCAUAUAAGCCAGAGCCACUUCUCUGAGACUUAUUGGCUCUCCUUUCUGUCCCUAAUGAGGCACUUGCAGUAGUGUUUUGGCUGUUGGACACCUAUAGCUCUCUGUCUUCUCAGCAAUGGCCAGUGUUUGGGUCCAACUUUCCUUUUUGACGAAGUCAUACACUGGAGUUUGGCCUUAUGAUCUACCUACUGAUAAAGAUGAAAAUAGCCUUGGUCAUGUAGCUCAGGUAAAUUGCAACCAGUUCCCUCCCAAAUUCAGCCUUCAUCAUCUGUUCCAAGGCCCAAAAACAGCUGGCAUGUUUUGACAGGUGCUGCUAGCCCACAAGAAUGUGCAUUUCUCUGUGUGAUGCCUCUUCUCUUUCCUUCCCUACAUCCUAUAGGCAGGCAGGAAAGUAUUCAGCUAUGCUGUUUGAGGCUUCUAGAUAUUAAAGUUUUUUAAAAAAAACAAAAAACAAAACUUAAAAGAGGCAUAAAAGCAAAAGUACAUCAGCUUUUCUUUUCUUUUCUUUUUUGAGACAGAGUUUUGCUCUUAUUCCCCAGGCUGGAGUGCAGUGGUGUGAUCUUGAUUCACUACAGCCUCUGCCUCCUGGCUUCAAGCAAUUCUGCCUCAGCUUCCUGAGUAGCUGGGACUGCAGGCACCCACCAACAUGCCUGGAUAAUUUUUGUAUUUUUAGUAGAGAUGGGGUUUCACCAUGUGGCCAGGGUGGUCUUGAUCUCUUGAACUCGUGAUCCACCUGCCUCGGCCUCCCAAAGUGCUGUGAUUACACUCCCAAAGUGCUGUGAUAUGAGUCACCAUACCCAGCCAUACAUCAGUUUUUCUUACCUCCAACAUUUAUGCUGGUUUUUCUCAGUUACAUAAGUUACUGUUUUAUUUAUAGAAACCUGUCACCUUUCCUAGUUCUUCUAUCCAUAGGCAAAGCUGUCCUGAAAGUGCCCUCAGCAUAGCCCGGUUUAACCCUGAGCUGGGAAGGGCUUUCACUGUUUCCAGUGACUAAUCUUCAGGGUUUUCCUUUCACAUCCCAUAAACCUGUUUAGCUAAAUUUCAGUCUUAAGUACAUAAAAUCAUAAUUAUGAUUGAGGGCAUGUGUUCUCUUUCCAGGUCCACAAGGGGUGUAGUUUCUAGGGCAAGAACUUCCCAGUGCCAUGCCCCACUCCCACCUCUGUCCAUCCGGAGAUUUAAUGAUGCAAGGGCGGGAGAGGGUCAAAAGUCACUCACUCACUCCAGGGGAAGUUUCAAGGAACUUUUUUCCUUGGCCGGUGGGUGGGAGGAAUUCCUUUCAGGUUAAAAGUCCUUGUCCCCACACCCGGCCAGAUUUCCCCUCUGGAGUCCCCUUCCACAUUCUUCGUGGAAGUUUUCUCUCUUCUCCUUUUUCUCUUUCUCUACCUAAAUAAAAUCACUUUCUGUAAA